CACUUCCAUACAUAACAAGACCGGGCUCAGUUUCUUACGACGCACUAAACUUUCACCAGCUGCCAGAUCUCGAUGAAUUGUUCGAUGGAUACGACAAGCGUGCUUGGCCCACAUACGGCACAGGGGAGCCCACAAAAGUCGUAGUCGACAUGCGUAUCAACACCCUAGGACCGAUGAAUGCGGAGGACAUGGACUACGAGAUGGACGUAUUCUUCCGGCAAGCUUGGCGGGACCCGAGGAUAUCGCUGCGGCGCUUCGGCCACAUCGAUAACCUGACGGUGAACGGUGCCGCUCUGUUGGGACGUAUGUGGAAGCCCGACUUGUACUUCGUCAAUGCCAAGGAAGUGCGCACCCACACCGUCACCAUGCCCAACCAGCUGCUCAGGCUGUCGCCAGACGGUGACGUGCUCGUCAGUAUCAGGUUGAGCUUGAGGCUUUCCUGCUUGAUGUUUUUCUACUACUUUCCAUUCGACAAGCAGAGGUGCUUCGCCCAGCUUCGUCCAUAUAUCAACACACUGAGCCAAGUAGAGUUCAUUUGGCGAGAAGGCCAUCCUGUACAUCUGGUGCGGCCGAUCCACAUGCAGGAUUUCAACCUCGAAGAGGUGUCGCACGAGAACUACACCAUCGAGCUUGAAAAAGGGUCCUUCUCGUGCCUCCAGGUGACAUUUCUACUAGAAAGGCAGCAGGGUUUCCACAUGAUCCAGACGUACCUGCCCAUCUACAUACUGGUGUUUGUGUCUUGGCUUUCCGCGUGGAUGAGGCCAGACGUCAUUCCACCCAGGGCCAUCAUCGGAGUGAACACGCUACUCACAAUGGCCAGCAUCUACCUGUCCCUGAGUACGCACCUGCCCAACGUGGCGUACAACAAGGCCGUCGACGUUUGGUUGGUUGCGUGUAUCCUUCUCAUAAUAGGAGCCCUGAUCGAGUUCGGUAUUGCCAACUACCUCUUCCGAAGCAGACUCACUCGUGCCGAGUUCCUACAGGCACUCAGUAUCUUCAAGAAAGACAAGUUGCCGAGGGACCCCAGCGGCCUUCCCUUGAACCAAAAGAGAGCCUUCACCGUGGAGCGUUACUCAGCGGGCCAUGUUCCCGCUGCUGUUCCUAGCACUGAACAUUGUCUACUGGUCUGUGUACCUCAGUAGGCCCCUUGUGGAAGCCGAGAGGAUCUGAGUUAAUGGAACCAGUAAUCCGACGCUAAAGAGAAACACUAAAUUAGUUUAGACUAAUAAAUUAUUCUAUAUAAAGUACAUUUUCGGUAAUUUCGCCGUCAUUGGUUGAUUAUUGCCAAAGAAAAUUAAGGUCAGCGUUGCAUACUUUGAGUUUCGCACAGAAUCUCCAGUGCUGGUACUUCAGUGUGAUCUUCCGGACUUCCAGAUAUGUGUUUCGUAUUUGGGCCAUUGCGGCGAUAAAUAACAAUUUAUGAAACUUGCAAAGUUUAGUCAUUGGUUCUUUCAGAAGACAGUGUCGCUCGUCUUAACCAAUUAAAAGUUUAACUGCGCUCGAGUAAACACAGUCAAAAUUUGUGACAUCGCGGCAAGCUGGUGCAUCAACUUUAAGGCGUCAUCGUCGCCACUCUUUUGUUCAUGCGUCUUUUCUAGUUUACCGAUUCCCCUAUUACGGUAAGGGUGGCUUUUUUGAUACUUUAGAAGGGCACUUUACUGAUACAGUUCACAUUACUUUUUUCUUUAGUGUCAUUUACUGGUGACGACAGAAAAUCGGAUGCUGCCUGUUUACUCGAAUGCGCCUUGCGUUAAAUUUGUAGACACGAGACACGUCAGUCAGUCAUUUCAGUCCCGUCAAUGUGGUGUUAUUUUCAUCUCAUACCCAGGCGACGACUGUCGGCGGUUAUAUUAUUCUUAUCUGAAAAGCUACGGUAAUAAGGAAUCAGCUCGGUUUGGUGAAAAACUAAGGAAAAAAACUAAAAA